CAGGGGUAGGCAGGCCCUGAGACCCUUGGGUGUGGGGUGAGACCCUCAGGAUGUCCUUCCCGUUCAGAUGGCCAAGGAACAACUACUUGGCUCCAACUCUCUUCUUACCCAGCAGACGGACAGGGGGCAACCGGGGUUUUCUGUUGCUUUUCCUCCCUGCUCCUUUUCCGGCUGGGUACAGCCAGCCCCCGCCGCCCCCCGCCCCCCACAGGAUCCUUGACUCUCCUGAUGCUCGGCCCCCAGAGGAGGACAGAAUUCAGGGGAGCCAGGAGCGCACUGGCAAAGGCAGCUCCGCUGAAGUGCUCCCUCCUCUUGAGCCAAAACCUGCCCUGGUGUGGCCAGCCCCCCUCCCCCAGCAGAUGACCCCUGGACCGCAGCCCGGCAGUGCCCAUGGCAGGGCCUUAGCUGGGAGGCACCAGCAUGAGGACUGUCACCCUCCCCUCUGGAGUCCUUCUCCCCAGACCUGGUGCGGACUCUGGGAAGCACUGUCCACCAGGAGCACCGUGGUCGAGUUAGUGCAGAUGAACAGUGCUGAGUCUGCAGGGCGGCCCAGGGCACCGGCCCGGGCACUGCUGAGGGGCCGUCCCCUGCAGCAGUGCCUUGGUGCUCACACCAGCAGUGUCCACCUCCCCCCUUGGCGGUCCAGCAAGGCCAGAAGUUUCUGGAGGCCCCCGGGCUGCAGCCCCCCUCCCAUACCUCCAUUGUUUACAAACAAGGACAGCGUCACCAGCAUUUAGCAAAGACUCACCAGAGGCUUGCUUAGUUCCUUGCACGCUCCAGCAGCAAACCCCCCCCCCCCCCGCCCGGCCACUGCCUGGGAAGCACGCAGCAUCAGCCCUGGGCCGCCCCUGCUCCACAGACGGGUACCCAGAUGGGCGUCAUGCCACAGGACACUGAGGCUGGAAGCAGCCCAGUCCCUCCCGGAGGAGUUGGCCUGCUGGCAAGAGGGAGAAGCAGACCAGGAGCCCCCACUUCCCCGGGGCCUGAGUCCACUCCGGCCACACUGCCCUCCCCAUCUGCACGUGUCCACUG